GCUUGUAGAUGUUGAUUUAGUUCUGUAGAGUUUUAAUCAUAUCAGGAUUUUUAGUUAUAUAUAUUUAUGACCUUUGGUGACAUAUAUGACUGUAAACUAAGUAACUUAAUUUGUUUUUAGAUUUCGAAUUGGAUUGGCUAAGGCUAUCAAAGAGGUGAAACAUUUGGAGAGGUUAGGUUGAUUGUUGUGUCUAGUUUUGAUUAUGUUAAAAUUCACUGCAUGGUUAUUUUGAGAAAGAAUACUGUUAGUUUAUUACAAUUUCUGUGAAACCAAAUAUAGGCACUCGAACUAAGUUAAAUGCUUUAUAACUUGACUAAAGCUCCAAUCACUAGGCCUAGUUGAAAUCUUGAAGUUAUGGCUGAUUUUGAUGUUAUUAGUCUAUCAAGCGACACCUCAAGACCCUCCUCCCCAUUCAUUAACGUGUCCGAAGUAUUUAAUGACAGUGAAAAUAUUAACAAUCCUCCUUGUACAAAUGUUGACAAAAACCAAGUUGAUUCCAGCCCACUUAAGAAUAUAAGCCCAUUUAAACGAAUUCUUCAUGAUCUCUCUGAAAGUGAUCAUUCAGAUACUGAGUCAAACCAAAACAUCAAAUCAGUUGAAUUAAGCCGUGACGAGCUUGAUCGUCUUUUGUUAAAAUACAGUAAAAACAAUAAAUGUAGGCCUAAUACUGAAACACUGGACACUGGAGAAUCAGAACUUUUCAAACCUGCUUUUGAAAAAUUACAAGUAGACGAUCAGGUGGAUACAGAAAGAAAUGCUGGACUAAAACCAAAGAAGACCAACAGUAAACGGUUGGAAGACAAAGAGCAAAAACAAAGAGAAAAAGAACAAAAGAGAGCUGAAAAACUUGCCGCAAAGGAGUUACAAAACUAUACCAAGCCAGGGAAUUGUUUAAAAUACAUGACAGUAAUGGUAGAUUCAUCGCUGGUGUCUUGUCCUUUUGGUGGUAAACUAAUUGAUUCAAUCCAGAGUUCGGAAUCAAAAUGCCACAUUUCUGCCCAUAUUAUCCCCCAAACAAUAUUUUGGAAACGAGAGUUACCAGGGCUGAGAUUAGAAGAAGAAAACUACAUUGUUGUCAUUUGGGAUUGGCAAACUGUAAUUCCUGCCAUCAAGAGCCAUACACUUUGCUCUCAGAUUCAGGACAUACAAGCUCAACAUUUUGGGAAGUCAAUCUAUCUUGUAUUCUAUGGACUUAACAGCUAUUUCAGCUACAUCAAAAGUAAAAGAAGAAAUAACACAGGGGAUAAUCCAAAGAGAAGAAGAAAAGAAAGUAAUGAAAAUGAAUUUCCUUAUGUAACUAGAAAAGAAAUAGAAGAAGAGUUGAUUGAACUGCAGAUUAUGACGAAUUGCAACCAAAGGAUAAUAGAAAGCCCAGACGACCUGUGUCAACUAAUCUUACAAAUUACGAAAGCAAUUGCUGAAACACCUUUUAAACUAGAGAAGCAGCGCAGAGAGUUGGAGAACCUGGAGUGGUUUGCCGUGGGUGACAGUCGUGACUGUGUCACUGUGGACAAGGCAGGCAACGGACUGUUGCGACUGUGGCAACAACAACUGUGUCAGUUCAAUCUGGCUGGACAUGACGUAGCCCAGGCCAUCGCCUCUGUCUACCCCAGUCCUCGAGCACUUGUGUUGGCAUAUGACAAAUGCAAUACCCAAAAGGAGGGCGAGGAGUUGCUUCGGGACAUCCAUGUUCGAAGAUGCCAAGGACCACUAACCUCCAGCAGGCGAAUUGGUCCUGAACUCAGCAGGAAAAUAUACACCUUCUUUAGCUCCGUGGAUGGUGAUACUCCUCUUUCACAAGAACAGUUAUAACUUUUGUUAAAUCUUUCAUACGAUUGUUGUGAAUAUUUGAAUUUCAUUUUGACUUGUAAAUAUAUUUCCAAC